UGACAGUUUUUUCAGUAAAAUGCUACUGUUAAUAAAAUUACUGCUUGUGAAAUUUUGAUUUUAUAUCUAAGUGCGAAAUUUGGAGAAUUAAUAUUUUUUCGCUUUGAAACAAUCAUCUACUAUUAACAUUACAAGUGAACUGGAAGCUAUCUCAAUAAACAAUUGAAAAUGGUUUUAGCAGAUUUGGGUCGAAAGAUAACAAAUGCAUUACGGUCUUUGGGUAAUGCUACAAUUAUUGACCAAGAAGUGUUAGAAGGUUUGCUUAAGGAAGUAUGUAAAGCUUUAUUGGAAUCUGAUGUAAAUAUCAGACUAGUCAAAGAAUUACGUGAAAAUGUACGUAAAGUUAUCGAUUUCGAUGAGAUGGCUGCUGGCCUCAAUAAACGAAGAAUGAUUCAAAUGGCAGUCUUCAAAGAAUUAGUUAAGCUAGUUGAUCCUGGAGUUAAAGCUUGGCAGCCAACUAAAGGCAAACCAAAUGUUAUCAUGUUUGUCGGUCUUCAAGGUGCUGGUAAAACAACUACAUGUACUAAAAUGGCCUAUUAUUAUCAGAGAAAAGGUUGGAAAUGUUGUCUUGUGUGUGCAGAUACUUUUCGAGCUGGUGCUUUCGAUCAAUUGAAACAAAAUGCUACAAAAGCAAGAAUACCAUUCUAUGGAUCAUAUACAGAAGCAGAUCCAGUUGUUGUAGCUGCAGAAGGAGUAGACAAAUUUAUAAAGGAAGGCUUCGAAAUAAUUAUUGUUGAUACAAGUGGAAGGCAUAAACAAGAAAGUGCCUUAUUCGAGGAAAUGUUAUCAAUUAGUAAUGCAGUUCAACCUAAUUUGGUUAUUUUUGUUAUGGAUGCUUCUAUUGGUCAUGCUUGUGAAGCUCAAGCUCGUGCUUUUAAAAGUAAAGUAGACGUUGGAGCUGUAAUUGUUACAAAAUUAGAUGGACACGCUAAAGGUGGUGGUGCACUUAGUGCUGUAGCAGUUACCAACUCUCCCAUUAUUUUCAUCGGUACUGGAGAACAUAUGGAUGAUUUCGAACCAUUCAAAGUUAAACCUUUUGUUUCUAAAUUAUUGGGAAUGGGUGACAUAGAAGGUUUAAUUGAUAAAGUAAAUGAGCUCAAAUUAGAUGAUAAUGAAGAGUUAAUAGAAAAGUUAAAACACGGAGAGUUUACAUUAAGAGAUAUGUAUGAGCAAUUUACAAACAUCAUGAAAAUGGGACCUUUUAAUCAAAUACUACAAAUGAUUCCUGGUUUUGGGCAAGAAUUAGCAAGAGGAGCUUCUGAGGCAGAUUCAAUGGCUAGAUUAAAAAGAUUGAUGACAAUAAUGGACUCAAUGAGUGACGGAGAAUUAGAUCACAGAGAUGGUGCAAAAUUAUUUUCCAAACAACCAACUCGUACAACAAGAGUAGCUCGUGGAGCUGGAGUGACCACAAGAGAAGUCCAAGAACUGUUAACUCAAUUUACAAAGUUUGCUGCCGUAGUGAAAAAGAUGGGUGGCAUCAAGGGUUUCUUCAGAGGUGGAGAUAUGAGCAAAAAUGUGAAUGCUAUGCAAAUGGCAAAGUUAAAUCAACAAGUAGCCAAAAUGAUGGACCCUCGCAUCUUACAACAAAUGGGUGGCAUUUCAGGCCUUCAGACAAUGAUGCGACAAUUACAGGGGGCUGCUUCUGCCGCUCAACACAAAUAAGUACACAUGAUAAUAUUGUAACAAAAAGAUUACUCUUUGGACAAUACUAAAAGAGUCUCCGAGUGAUCAGUAAUGACAUCCUUUUUCCUAUCGCAUUAAUUUUUUGGUUUAAAUAUUUACUUUUUUUGUAUUCAUCAGUAAAUUGUUUACUUAUUUAAACCAAAUUUGUGUAAAGCUUAAAGUGAAA